AUGCUAAUCAUUCUGGAAUCCCUUUCCGCCGCCAAAAAAGAAACCGAAAACAAGAAACGUAGCGUUUUCGGUCUUCACGGUCUUGGCGCUGAAACCUACAGCACCGGACUUAACGGAUUCAACACCUACUCUUCCGGGCUUGAUGGCUUCAACAACUACGGCAGCUACGGUUCGCACGGUCUUUCUGGAUUGGGCUUGGGAAGCUUCGGCUACUCUGACGCUGGUUUGGGAAACUUUGGCUACUCUGCCGGUAAUGCCGGUCUCUACGCUGGUGACGCUUCCUUCGUCUCUGGUGCUCCAGUAGUAUCCACCGGAUUCGCCGCCGCCGCUCCAGUAGUGUCAACCGGAUUCGCCGCUGCCGCUCCAGUAGUAUCCACCGGAUUCGCCGCCGCCGCUCCAGUAGUAUCCACCGGAUUCGCUGCUGCCGCUCCAGUAUUAUCCACCGGAUUUGCUUCCGCCCCAGUAGUAUCCACCGGAUUCGCCAAUGAAGGUCUCGUCUCCUCCGGAAUCGUCCACGGCGGUACCACCACCCACGUAAGGAAAAUCACCCAAAAAGUAGCAGUACCAGUGAACCAACCCUACCCAGUUACCAUCACUCGUACCGUCCAAGUACCACAACCCGUCCACGUCCAAGUAACCAAGACUGUCCCAGUCCCAGUUGAACAACGUGUAGCCAUCGAUGUACCAAGGCCAUACGCCGUCAAAGUACCACACGCAGUCCCAGUAGCAGUCCGUGUAAACUACCCAGUCGAAGUACCAGCCCCAUACCCAGUCGUACAAGAAAGGAGAAUCGAAGUACCAGUAGAAAAACCAGUCAUCGUUAAAGUACCACACAACGUACCAUACCCAGUAGCCAAGCCAUACGCCGUCAACGUACCAACCCCAGUAUACACCAAAGUACCCCAACAAAUCGCCGUAAGAGUACCACAAAUCGUCAACCACGGAACCACCGCCACCCACAGCCAAUCCGGCAGCUUGAACUUGGCUCCAGCCGUCAGCGUACACAACACCGGAAUUGCUGUAGACAGCGGUGUAUCCACCUACUCCUCCGGAUUGGCCGGUGGUUUGGGAUACGGAUACGGUUUGGGACUUGGAUCCUUCGGCGGUGCCGCCUACGGAGCCGGAUACGGUCUUGACUCUGGCUUGUCCACCUACUCUGCUGGACUUAACUCUGGUUUGUCCUCCUACUCUGCUGGUCUUAACUCUGGAUACGUAAGCUCUGGAUUGAACUCCGGAAUCUACUCCGCCGGUCUUAACUCCGGAUUGGUAUCCUCUGGAAUCUCCUCCGACAUCGUAUCUUCCGGCCUUGACUCCGGAAUCGCAUCUUCCGGCUUCAACUCCGGAAUCGUAUCUUCCGGCUUCAACUCCGGAAUCGUAUCUUCCGGCCUUAACUCCGGAUUCGUCUCCUCUGGACAUAACUCUGGAUUGGUAUCCGAUGUAAGCUCUGGAAUUGUAGGAUCCGGCAUCAGCUCUGGAAUCGUAGACUCUGGAAUCCACUCCAUCGACGCCGGAUUCUCUGGACUCCACAACACCUACUCCACUGGCGCAUCUCACUUGAAAUUCGCCCGCAGCGUAAACAAGAAAGCAUAA